ACUGCCUUCACAAAUCAGCAUUGGUAAUUUAUUCCAUUUGACUGGUUGGAGAGACAUUAUGCUUUCAUACAAGAUUCCACACUAGAAGAGCUUGUUUAUGAAAACUAGAACAUUUCACAGGUAGCUUCUCUGUUUUAUAAUCAAUAUUUAAGCAAAAAUUUAACCCCACCCAUCAAACAUGGUAAAACAUGGUUUAGAAAUGUGUUCCAAAACAUAUCUUUGACACUGAGUAAGUUGGUUAACCAUUUCGCUUUAAAUGAAUUAGUUUGCAUUAUGAAACUUAAAGGUUUAGUGUGCACGCAUAUUACUCCGCACCCAAUUACGUAAUACGUCUUCCUCUUAAAAACAAUAGUCCACUCAAUGAGUAAAAACAUAGUAAUAUCUCACGAAUAUUUGCAACAACCAAAAACGAUCAAGUGAUUAUUAGAAAUAAAAUGUUGAAGUUAAUAAAAAAAUAUUAAGACUGGUUAAAACAAAAAGCUCCGUUUUGAAUAAAAACAAUAAAUAAGAUCCGGUUGCACGGACAGGAAGCGAGGAGAUACUCAUGGUGCCCGACUAGAAUGAAGCAACAAUUAUCGGUUAGUAACUUCUGUUCGAAUUAGCGCCUCCACACCAAAGGACACCCUACUACUCGAAAAUAUACGUUAUGGAUUUGGAGGAAAAUGAGGUGGAGAGCAGCAGUGAUGCAGGUCCCUCAGGGAUGGAGGAGCCAUCUGAAAGUGGCAUGGGAAUGGAGUCAUCAGAGGCGAUGUCUGCAGACAGCAGUGAUGCUGCUGCUUCUCAUGCACAGGCCCCAGAGUCUGACUGCCAUGUUGGACAGAGCUCGGAGGGACUUGUGGUGUUCAUCCCAGAAACAAGCUCUAGCACAGAUGUCAGAGUUUCAUCGGUCCAUCUUCCAGACUCCUCUUCAGUGGCCCAGUCCACCAGUGUGUCCAGUGUCUCCACGGUGACUCAGUCGGUGCUUGUGUCUGAGUCAGCUCAAGUGCUGGUCCACUCGAGUGCUGUCUCUGAAGGGGCUAUGAUGGUUUCUGACUCAACUGCUUCUACCUCAUCAGAUCUGGGGUCUGCCAUUGACAAGAUCAUAGAAUCCACCAUCGGCCCCGAUAUCAUGAAUGGUUGUAUAGCUGUGACCAGUGCAGAAGAUGGGGGUGCAGAAACAACCCAGUAUCUAAUACUACAAGGUCCAGAUGACGGUGCUCCUAUGGUAGCUCAGAUGUCAUCUUCUGCCCUGUCCAAUCGUAUAGCAAUAGAAGCUCUUGCCGAAGGUCCCACAUCCACCUGUCUUGACCAGAGAGACCUGCAAGGCAAUGUUGAGCCUGACCAGCCCGAUGAUCAGCCUGGACAUUCAGGUUACUUAGAAGACAGCAGCAGCCAGCCUGACCAGCCACAGCACUCCCACCCCUCCCAGUACAUGGACUGCAGUGCAGAUGGUCCAGACCAGACAGAGGAAUCUUCAUCUUCCUAUGUGGAGUGUUCAGGCGAGGAACCUGACCAGACACGCUCCCGUUCAGGCUUCCCUGACUAUAGUGGGAAUAACAGUGACCAGGAUCUGCCUGGUUAUGUGGGGUGCAGUGGAGCUGACUCAAAUCCUACCAGCCGAAGUCACUAUGUGGUGGAGUGCAGUGCUGGGUAUCCUGGGCGUGCAGUGGAUGACGGGGAGCGGCCACAUCAUUCACGCAGUUACAUUGACAGUAGUGCAGAUCACCGGACUCAGACAAGUCGUCAGUAUGCGACUGAGUAUGGUGGGGAAUGUAUUGUAGCUGCAGACUCUGAGCAGCCAGGUUGUUCUCGUUACCAAGCGGAGGACGACGAUGAUGAAGAUGAUGAUCAGAACCAGGAUCCAGAUCAGCCACAGCACUCUCAACAGCAGCCCCAGCACUCCUGUUAUAUGGAGAGCAGCAAUGGCCCAGAGGCUUCUCUCUAUACUGACGACAGUUCCUCUUCAGACCAUCCUCUGGCAGACACGGCAGGUUCAGGUGGGCUUCCAGAGGCACUGGAAGGCAGCGAGAGCCAGCCGGGCCCAUUCAUCAGCAGCAGUGGGACCUAUACCUCUAAUGCAGAACCUGAGCUGGCCCAGCACUGCUCACCCAGCAAAGAGGAGCCCCAAGGCUCUCAGGAUGAAGCUGGGCUCGGCAGGGACAUGGAGACAUCAACUGUAGCAGAAGGCUCUGGAGAACGACCACCAAACCUGGCUGAGUUAGAGGAAAUGAUGGAGGUAGUGAUCGUGCAGCAGUUCAAGUGUAAAAUGUGUCCAUACAAGAGUGCCUCCAAAGAUACUCUUAUCAACCACAUGAGAGACAAACACUUCAAACCUGCAGGGGAAAUGCCAAAGAAGCGUAAACGUGGACGACCUCCUAAAAGUGAGACCUUAGCCCGUCAAAAGGCAGAGAGGGAGGAGGCAGCAAAGAUGAAGGCUGCAGAGUCCCAGCAAGCAGCAGAAGAAGAGGAGGAUGACGUUGUGGAUGAUGGUGCUAUUGAUGAUCCUGAAAAGGACAGCGACUACAACCCAGCUGAUGAAGAUUCCAAAGGAAGACCACCUGCCAUUCUGAAAAAGUCAGCAACUCCCACUUCCUCCUCCUCUUCUCCUCAAGGGCGUCCCCGACGUAAAGCUGGCCGUCCAAGGAAGUACUCAAUUGUAGAUGAAGGCUACAGCAGCAAAGAAGCAGAAAGUAUUGCUAAGAAGCCUAGGGUUUGUUCGGAUGCUAAUGAGUCUGAAGAGGCAAGCUCUUCAGGCCUAGACAAUAGUGCACCCACGGUGACUGAUGGAGAUGCACCUGAGGCAGUAAUUAGCCAGUCAGACUCUGAGAACAAAGAUCCUUCAUCCAACCAACGGACGGAGGUGGAGUACUUCCCAAGAAAACGUGGCAGACCAUCCCGGCGCUUCCUUCGCAAGAAAUAUAAGAAGUAUAUGAAUCGGAAUCGGCACUACAAAUCUCUCAAACCACUGCUGAGACCUCACAACUGCUACAUCUGUGGGUCACGUUUCCUCACUCUAGAAGACCUGCGCUUCCACAUCGACUCACAUGAAGGCAAUGAUCCGGAGCUCUUCAAGUGCCUGCAGUGCAACUAUCGCUGCAAGCGCUGGUCCUCGCUCAAGGAGCACAUGUUCAACCACGAGGGCACCAAGCCAUUCAAAUGUGAGGAGUGUGAUUACACAAGCGUGUACAAGAAAGAUGUUAUUCGGCAUUCGGCAGUCCACAACAAAGAGCGGAAAAGGAAGACAGAGUCGGUGCCGAAGGCGUCGGAGUUCCCCUGCCCUGUGUGUCACAGGGUGUAUCCCAUGCAAAAGAGACUUACUCAGCACUUAAAAACCCACAGCUCAGAGAAACCACACAUGUGCGAUAAGUGUGGAAAAUCCUUCAAGAAGCGUUACACUUUCAAAAUGCACCUCCUAACCCACAUCCAGAGUCUUGAGGACAACAAGUUCAAAUGUGAGUUUUGUGACUACACUUGUGACAACAAGAAGCUGCUGCUCAACCAUCAGCUGUCCCACACCAACGACAGGCCUUUUAAGUGCGACUACUGUAAAUACUCUACUUCCAAAGAGGAGUUUCUCGUCUCCCAUCUGGCCAUCAAACACACAGGCGAGAAGCCUUUCUCCUGUGAUAUGUGUCACUUCAUGACUAAGCACAGGAAGAACCUGCGCCUUCAUGUGCAGUGUCGCCACGCUGAGGCAUUUGAAGAGUGGUCUUUGGCUCACCCUGAAGAGCCUGUAAAGACGCGGCGCAGACCUUUCUUCACCCUGCAGCAAAUAGAAGAGUUGAAACAGCAACAUGAAGACACACAGAGCUUGCAGAACACUAUUGUCACUGUGGAUUCUGCAACACUGCAAGCCAUGCAGGGCAUGGAAAACGCCUCAGUGUCCCAGGACGCUUUGGGAAACACCACGAUCAUCUAUGAACAAGCUGAAUCCAGCGACCUAUCUGCUCAGAAUGCCCUGGACCUACUGCUGAAUAUGAGCAAUGCACGGGAGCUGGUUGGGAACUCCUUACAGGUAGCAGUGCUGAAGUCAGAUGGAAAAGCUUUGGAGAAGGGAACAUGGAGCACGGUGACAGCAGCGUCCGGUCAGGCCCAAAAGAUCUUGACCUUCCAUGUUUCUGAGAAUGGCGAGACAGUGCUACAAGAGGCCUACGAGGCUGCCACCUCUGAAACAGGCGAGCUUACCCACAUCGCCAUUGAAGGCUAUGAGGGGGGAGGGGACUUCAGUGUGGUGGAGCAGGCAGCUGAAGAAAUCCGUAGUCCUGGAUAUAGUAAUGUGGAGUCUAGCCCCUCUCAAGCUUUAGAGGUUUCUGGGUCAGAGAGCUUGAAAAGUGACAAGUAUUAUCUUACAUCAGCACUGGCUGAUGGUGUAUUGCAACAAGUGGAGCUGAGCAGCGAAGCUCCAGCUUCUCCCUCUGCAGUGGGCUCUCCCAGUCUCACUACCAAGAGGUUUUCCUGUCGAAUCUGCAUGGAGUCUUUCCAUGGACGCUCGGACAUGGAGAACCACAAGAGGGCGCACGUGGAUGCCAAUACUUUUAAGUGUCCUGACUGUGACUUCACCUCCACCUCCUGGCCUGAGGUCAAGACCCACAUGGGACAGCACUCCUACCUGCGUCCUCACAAGUGUCCAAACUGCAGCUUUGCCUCCAAGAACAAGAAAGACCUACGCAGACACAUGAUGACGCACACCAAUGAGAAACCAUUUUCUUGCAAACUUUGUGGACAAAGGUUUAACCGCAAUGGCCAUCUGAAGUUUCACAUGGAGCGUCUUCACAAUCAGGAUAAUCCUGCUCGCAAAAGUCGAACUACUGCGUCUCAGCAAACUAUAAUAGUUAACAGCGAUGAGGAGGCAUUAGCCACACUACAGUCCCUGCAGGGACAUCAGGCAGUGAUCACUCCCGAGCGGCUGCAGGCUCUAGGACAGGAGCACAUCAUUGUAGCUCAGGAACAAGCACUGUCAGACCAGGAGGAAGGUGCAUACAUCCAGCAGAUAACCACCAUAGACGGUCAGACGGUCCAGCAUCUGAUGACGGGAGACAACCAGGUGACUGAGGUCCAGUAUAUCAUCUCACAGGAUGGAGUUCAACACUUACUUCCUCAAGAGUAUGUAGUAGUAGCUGAUGGCAACCACAUACAGAUGCCAGACGGACAGAUAAUCCAGUACGAACAUGACAGAACCAUUGUCCAGGAGCAACAGAUUGCUGUAAGUCACGACGGUCAGAUCCAGUACCUACCUGUCAGCUCUGAUCAACAAAUCGUGAAUGCUGAAGAUCUGGAGGCUGCUGCCCACUCUGCUGUCACAGCCGUAGCAGACGCAGCCAUGACACAGACCCAGACAGUCUACACUGAGGCUACACCUGAGCAACUGGAAGAGCUGCAGCAACAGGGCAUCCACUAUGAUGUCAUUACUUUCUCCAAUGAAUAGAGAUACAAGUGCACCAAGAGGAGGACCAAUACAAACCACUAUGAGCUAACAGAACAGUGACCUCAACUUAUUUAUGCAUCUAGCUGGCAGUGAAGUGAAAAAAGGCCUUAUCUCCUGCCCAGCAUCACCUGCUCGGGGCGGCUGCAUCAGUCAAGAUCAACAGCUUCUUGUAAAUUUCAAUUAUUGUACGCAGUGCUUCUAAUUUAUUCAUAGGUACUGGAACGUUGGGCUCGUCUCUAAUUAUUCAAACCGAAUUGUGUACAUGUGCCCCAACAGCUCCCAUUUGCAAGACAAUGUUAUUAAAAAUGAUAAAAUGGCUUAUUUCAUGUUAUUGAAACUGUCCUAAUGAACAUUUUAGUUUUUGAAUGGAAUGAAAUGAAAAGGCACGCUUUAUUUUUGAUGUGUAAUCAGAUAAGUUAAUUAAUAAAAUGCCACAAUAUUGUUUUUACAUAAUAUUAUGUACAUACAUUUCGCAUGUGUCUUCUGUUGUGCAAAGGAAGACAUGUUUUGAUUUGAUGAGUAUAAAGUGUUUAAUAUGUUCAAAGCUGACACCAAAUAAAUCACUUUAUACAUGUAUGUAA